ACGUAUGUCAUCCAUGUGCGGGACGUGAUCCGCAAGGACGAGCGGGACUACAAACUGACCACCAAGAACAACACGGUGGAGUACCUGCUGAAGGGCCUGGAGCCCGGAGGACGCUACAGCGUCUCUGUCCGCCUGCGUAACAUGAGCAAGGAGGCCAGCUUCACUCUGAGCACAGUGCCUCUUCCGGCUCCUGAAGCCCUGAAGAUUUUGACAGAGAAAGACCACGUGUUCCUGUUCUGGAAGAGUCUGGCUGUCAGAGAAAAGGGCUUCAAUGAGAGCAGGGGGUAUGAAGUGCAUGUGUAUGACAGCGUGACCAACCAGACGUCCUUCCUGGGAAACACCACAGAGACGUAUUUCCGCAUCAGCAGCCUGCUGUUGGGACACAACUACACUUUCUCUGUGCAGGCCCGCUGCCUGCUCAGCGGUCAGCUGUGUGGGGAGCCUGCACUACUGCUCUAUAACCAGCUGACAGCAGGUGCCAGUGACGCCUCCCACGGUGAUGGCAGCUCAGGGGACAUGGCGGCGGUGGUGGUCCCGGUCCUCUUCCUGCUGCUGCUGGGAGUGUGCGGUGGCUUGGUGGCGCUCUACCUCCGACAUCGCCGUCUGCAGAACAAUUUUACCGCCUUCGCAAACUCCCAUUACAACUCUCGCCUGGGCUCUGCCAUCUUCUCCUCGGGGGAUGAACUGGGUGAUGAUGACGAAGAUGCUCCCAUGAUCAGCGGCUUCUCAGACGACGUUCCCAUGGUCAUUGCGUAGCAAGACGUCCCUCUAUUGCCUAUUUCUCUCUUCCCUUUUCACCUUCUCUUCUUCUGCCCCUCUAUCCUUUAUUCCCCAUCAGUGGCGCUGUACAUCGGAGUGAAGAGGAAACAGGCGGAAACGUCGCCGUCCCAAAUCCGUCUAAGGGAAGUCAUCCCGAUUAGCAGGAAACAUGAAGAAAAAUGGAAAAGUGUAAAGAGAGAAAGAGAUAUUUUUCAAAUAUACAAUGCACUUUUUUUGGAUGCGCAAUAACUUAUUUUUUAUAAUAUUAAAUAUAUAUAUAUAUGGGGUCAAAAAAAAGGACUGUGAGGAAGAGGUGGACACUGAAGCAAACUGUGAAGGAUUUGAGUUUGUCGAGCGCGCCAGGGGAAAGAGAGACCCUAUAUGUAAUGCAAACUCACUAUCCAUAGGGAGCGAUUCAUUGCUUAAAGCCAAAAUAAGCAUCCAGAGACUGGAAUAUAGAAUGCAAAAAACACACACACAUAGAAAAAUAAAAUACAGAUAUAUAGACAAAUGCUGUAUACAAAAUGUACAAAUAGAAAAUGUCAGAGCAGUAAUGGUUACAUAUUUUGGUGAUAGUACAGUUUGUACUAUAGCAGUAUAUGUAUCAUUGGUGCCCCGUGCGAGGCGGUCGGAAGUGUAAACUGUGGAUUAUGUUUCAUCAUUUACAGAGUCUGAAUUGUUUGUCUGUUUAAAUCAUCACCAGCUUGAAACUGAUUAUUAUCGUAAACGCGUUAAGUCUUUUGACGAUCAGCGCAGCCAAACAGCUCAGUGAUUUGAUACCGGCACCGUGUAGUGUCCUCAUAGAUACACCUUUAUUUUCCACCACCAGCACACUGUUGUACGUCAGUAUGUGAAGGCAACACACGAACCAUGAUAAGAGAAUUUCGUCGACAUCAUCCCGUUGAGACCUAUUUGUAAAUAUUGGCUUUUAAUAUGUCCUCUCCUCGUGAUGCUGCACCAUAUCAUUCUGUAAAUUGUUCGUUUUUUUUAGCCAUUCAGGACCACAAAUUAUUGUCCCCAGCGUUUUGCCAUAGCCGUAGUCGUAGAGGAAGUGAGUUCUCAGGGAACUGUGUCAGAGCGGACACCAGCGCAGCACCACCAUCACCACCAUGGCUUAGGCAGCACUGUCCAUCUACUGCUGAAUAGGUACAGACAGCUUUAGAAGGUACUGGAUCAGCUGUGGGUGGAAUGACUGGCACACGCAGAUUAUUGUUAGUUGUGAUGAAGAAUCAGGUUCAGGUUUACCAUCUACUUUAGAAAAAAUAUUGAAAGGAUCGAUUCAAACUAAAUCACAAAAGAAAAACAUGUUUUCUCUCACCUGUAGUGGUAUCUAGCAAUGCAGACAGAUUUGAGUAGGUUUUUUCUAGAUAUGUAUUUGCAAUUUCAACAUUUCAACAGCUCAAAGAUAUUCUGUUUACAACCAGAAAAAGCAGUGAUCACUGUAAAAAAAUAUUGUUGUUAAAUUACUUAAAUGAUUAAACAAAAUAAAAUCUAAAAUCUAAUUUAUUUGCAGUCACUCAACUAAUUGAAUAUUUUUCCAGUACGAGCAAAUUAACUUUGCCUUUAUGAGCCAGUCCACUGACGCGCUGGCAUUAAAAUUGACUGAUUUUGUCCCAAAAAUUACCCCUUGUUUCCCCCUGUUUCUGGAAAAAUGUGUUUCUGUUGAAUUUUUAGAAUAUAAUUUUUUGAUGCUGUGAAUGCCACCAAUUAAUUUUUAAUGCACCAAACUUAACUGCAUGGCUAGAAACUACUGACUAAUGUGACAAAACAUGUAUUGUUUUGUAAUUUGAACAGUCCUUUAAAGUACCAGUAAGUAGUACCGGUUGUAUAUACGGAAUCAAACUGUUGCACGUAAAUGUAUUGACACACACACACACACAAAAAAAAAAAAAUUGGACUCAUGGUCCUUGUUCUGCUCCAGCCCCCCAUCACCUGACUCUGUACUGUAGUCCAUUAACUGAUAUUUGUGUUUGCCUCUCGGCUUGAGCCAUUUGAACUGAUGGUGUUCUGCUUUCUGUUGAUCUUGUUCUUGUUUUUUUUGUUUGUAAAGAUGUCUUCAUGAAUGUAUUUUAUAUCUGUACUUUUUGAGGUACUGUCCCAGCUCGUUAUGCUACUGUCACCACCUGUGAAGUGAAUGCACACACUCUGGUUUCACUGCAGUGAAUUUGUAACCCAUUCCACUGUGGACAACAGACUUUUUGUCGUUUGUCUGUAGACUGGCUUCUGCAGGCCCAUCACAGCCCACGCCCAGUUCACUAACCCAGAGCCACAAAGCAAUUUUGUCAGGAGGAGCCCGGAUAUUACCUGUAUCAUGUUUCUGUAAUCAUCUCAUUCUUCCCCACAUCAUGAAAUGGUGUCUGUACUGACGUUUAAGGUUUCCUCAAGACUUAAGGCUUGAUUUCGCGCAGCUCUUCGCUCUCUUCAUGACAUUCUUUGUUCUGUUUUCUUGGCCUUAAAAUCAGAUUUUCUGGCAUUAAUGCUGUUUUUUUUUUAUUUUUGCUCUGUGGAGUUUCUGUUUUGCCACAUAAUGCCUUAUUAGAACACAUUGGGUUUCUAUGUGAUGUACUGUUUGUAUGAUAGAACACAAGUGCACACGCAUGCAUACACACACACACACACACACACACACACACACACACACACACUUGAGCCGCACACAAGGCUUAAGGAGGCUGAAGUGGAAGUUACUGUUUGGGCAUUUGGUUAAUUUUGUCAGAUCACUGCUCCUUUCUGCGUCGGCUGCUGUGAGCCAGCCACCUUGUCUCUUUUUAGUCAGGUUUUACACAUGUACAAAGUAUAAUUAUGGGUUAUUAUGUGACCGUUUGCUCCCCACUUGUCUUAAUGUUGACUCUUGUCAAAUAGUUUGCUUAAAAAUGUCGUUUGGCACAGAGUUUGAUCAUGUUGGACUUGGCCAUGUUUGAAGAUGUUAAUGUCUUGCUUGCUUAUUUCGGGGGUUGCAAGAACAAUGAGAUGUUUGGAGAAACAGUGUGAGGUGUUUUAAAAACCACUUAUACUGAAAUAAACUUGCUGAAAAUUAA